AUGGUUUUCGAGAGGUUGCAGCACCUCAAAAGUAAGGCUGAUCGCGUCCUACUAUACCCCUCCAAAAUGCUGGAUCCUCUGGCGAGAGGAGAGACCACCGAAGAUGCUACCCUUCUUAUUCGUGCGAGGGAUGUAUACGGCGUCAAACUCGUUCCCAUUACUAUCCAGCAUAGGCAAGGUUCAGAUCCCACAUGGGCUGAUUCUUUUACCAAGCUCCUGGCCUUCAAUCAGACACAGUACAACCGGGUUCUUUCUAUUGACUCUGAUGCUACCCUGCUUCAGAAUAUUGACGAACUUUUCCUCUCUCCGCCAGCCACAGUGGCUGUUCCACGGGCCUACUGGCUCUACCCAGAGAAGAAGAUAGUUGCUUCCCAUAUCAUGCUCGUACAGCCCAGCGUUGCCGAGUUUGCCCGAAUAGUGGCUAAGGUAGAACAUGCCGAAAGAGAAGAGUAUGACAUGGAGAUUAUCAACGAUCUAUACAAGGACAGCGCCAUGAUCCUCCCCCACCGACCAUAUGCCCUGCUCACUCGGUCUUUUGGUGGCGAUCAUCAAGAUUACUACCUCGGAAACGACAAUGAGGUCUGGAAUCCGGCUGCUGUUUAUAGAGAAGCCAAGUAUCUUCAUUUCUCUGAUUGGCCGAUGCACAAACCUUGGUUGAAGUCGCCCGAUAGCUUGAUCAAGGAGAGCCAACCAGACUGCGUGAUAAGAAAUGGGACUGAGGAUUGUACGGGAAGAGAGAUCUGGUAUAGCUUCUACACAGAUUUCAGAGCAAGAAGGGCUGGCUACCUCACCGAAGGGCCUUCCGAGGCCGGUGCCGAGAACCGAGCAGGCAUCAGAGCGCCGCUUCAAAGCUACAUUCGGGCCACCAGCACAUGA